AAACUGAGGAGAGACGUCAUCUUACGGAAUUUCAGAGCUGUGCCGACGAAUAAGGAUUUAAAAUUCAUAUUAAAAAUCUAUUUUGGAUGUUUUUCCAAAUCAUUCUAAGUUGAUACAAACAGGUUUUGGCUGGGAAGGUGCAGAGAGAGGUUAACGGAGCACCAUGCUGUCCAUGAGUUGUGUGGACUCCUGGCCCGGUGGCUCUGUGGGGCUGGAGGAAGAGGUAGUGACCGCUGCUGCUCAGGCUGAGGAUCUGGACGGAAGCUCUUUAGUUUAUAACUCAGACAAUCUGGAUGACAGCCUGACCAGCCUACAGUGGCUUCAGGAGUUCUCUAUAAUCAAUGUCAGCGGAGGGCAACAUGUGUCUACUUCCAGCCAAAACCCCAAUCACUUCUUUGGCCAACAGCUGGGUGCAGAAGCCCCCGCAUCUCCUCUAGCAGGCGACCCUGCCUCCAUAGGUAUGCCGCUGACCCCAGGUAAGCCCACAGCGGCUGCUUUUUGCCGGGUGCCCUCCCUGUCAGCUCUGCCCAGCUUAGUGGCACAUGGCCACUGCCCAGAUGAAGUUGACUACAAGACCAAUCCUCAUAUCAAGCCACCAUAUUCAUAUGCCACCCUCAUAUGUAUGGCUAUGCAGGCAAGCAAGAAAACCAAAAUCACCCUCUCCUGCAUCUAUAAAUGGAUCACUGACAACUUCUGUUAUUUUCGCCAUGCUGACCCCACCUGGCAGAAUUCGAUCCGGCACAACCUCUCACUGAACAAAUGCUUCAUAAAGGUUCCACGACAGAAGGAUGAGCCAGGAAAGGGAGGUUUCUGGAAAAUUGACCCCCAGUAUGCUGAGCGUCUUCUCAGCGGGGCCUAUAAAAAGCGGAGGAUGCCUCCAGUACAGAUCAACCCAGCUCUUCAAAGCCGUCUCAGGAUGAACUUGCAACCUGAUCUGAGUGUGCCAACAAGUGUCACUGGAGGUCUCUGUGUUAGCCCUGAAUCCCAGCAGCUCCUGAAAGAAUUCGAGGAAGCCACUGGAGUUGACCAGAACUGGGACCCUCGCCUUGCUGAAGCCACAAUGUUUGGUUAUUGGGGCUCAGGAAAGGGCCACAAGAGAAAACAGCCAUAUGGACACCGGACUGGUGGUAACAAAUCCUUGCGCCGCUCCAGCUCCCCACUCCUGGCCACGGAAGAACCAACAGAUCUAGACUCCCUCAAGAGCAAUUUUGACUGGGAUGCCCUUCUUGAUUCAGCCCUGAAUGGGGAACUUAGCCUGAAUGAAGGUGGUCCCUUGAGCCCGAUACCAAGAGAGGAGGAUCUCACCAUACAUGGCGUCCACAUCAGCCCCCUGGAGGGCCCUGCCUGUACUGCAGAGAGCAGUGUGUUAAUAGAAACACAAAUGAGCAACAAUGUAGACUUUGACAAGGAAACAUUCUUAGCUACAGAAUUUUUACAGAGUCCAUGGGCAGAGGACGAAGCAGGGGACCGGCCUGACUUCCUCUGCAGUUCCACCGUUAGUCUAGAUCAGCUGUUUGAUCUGGGAGACUCACUUGCAGUUGACAUGAACUGUAAAAUUGAAUCUCUUCUUUGAAGAGAUCAUCAGUAGCUCUUGAGGUACUUCAUUUCCAACCAAACCCAGGAAAUGUUAUAAUGUACAAAAAGGACUGAGACAGUUUUAUCCCAAAGAACUUUGUUUUCAUCACAUAGAGAGCAUUUUAAGCUUGUGACUUUUCCUUACUUUGAUUUUUAUGAUUAUGUUUUUAUAUAUGGCAAACUGAAUUGUCUCCCUUUAUUGACCCACAAGCAGUGGGUUCUCCUAAAACAUGUAAGAUUGGACUUGCAAAGUGAACACUGACUGACUGUAGAAUUACAAAUACAAUGCAUGUAGAAGGAGAAAAAUGAGAGCCAGAAGUUUGUGUUUGUUUACUGUUUAGAUGCUCAUGUCAACUAAUUGCAUUCAAAAAGCAAGCAAAAAUGGACUUCUUCUUCAUUUACAGCUGAGGCACCUGCUUGAAAAGAACAAAAUUAAAAAUGCAAAUAAACACAGAUCACACUGAUAACACUGGACUGCUAUUACUAUAAUUAUUGUUGUAGCAUGCUAUUACUUUAUGAAAUGCCUUCACAGCAUGAAGAGGGUGUUGCUUUAACGUCUCAUAGUUAUGCAGAACUGAAUCCAGUUUCCAUAGUAUUGUAAAGUUAACAUCACCCUAGUAAUUACAAAGAGUGUUCAAAGUAGCACUGGAUUGAGUAUUUUAAAAUUAGCUUUGUGCUGCGAUACUUUUCAGAAACUUGUUCUUGUUCAUUUAUAUGAAGAACUGAUAUUUGAAGAAACUAUUUUGCCUAAUUUUCGAAUGUUGAUAAGUACAAUACAAACCAUACUAAUUUGGACUGGUAUGGCAUUUGCAUCUAGAUAAAAUAAAGCACCCUUACACUUUUAUGGUAGCUGUGCUGACAUGUUUAAAGGCCACCAAGCAAAUAAUACAUACUGGCACUGAAGCUGUACGUGUUCAAUAACAUCUGUAAGAAUCCUACCCUAGAGAAUAAUAAUUAGAAUAGAGUAAUUACUUUAGAAUGUGUAAAAAGUCCCAACUUAUCUGAUCCCAAUACAAAUGCUUUGGAUUAAAACCUCUUCUAAUGCUUACUUAUGCUUUCUUUGCUGUACAUUUUAUUAUGAAUGUUAUCAAAGUGAUUAUUCUUACCAUUCAAGCUACAUUUACCUGGUAGAUUCUUAAUAGUGGUAUAUAACAAUGUUAUCAUAAUUUUAUCAUUUUGGAAAAUACAUUUUACAUUGCCUAGACAAAGAACUUUAUUUGCUAAUAAAUCAGCAACUGAUUACUCAAAGCAACAGCUGAUCAAGUAAUCAGAGAUGUUAGUGGCAGAUUUCUCUUUUUUUAUUCUCUUGUCUAAUAAUCAUGUCUAAUAAGUGAAAUAUGUAUACAUGAAAUGUGUACUCAGUUCAUGCUACAGAUGCUUGUCAAUGAAGACCUGAAUGUCAUGA